AUGGCAGAUGGAGAAUUCAUCCAGACAAUCGUCUAUCAGGACAAUGUCUACGCAGAGGGCUGUCAGUUCCAUUCCUUUAAGAAAGUUCUCUUUGAGAUGGGCCCUGAGUAUUCCAACAAUGUGGAAUUAGCUUCAUUCCACUCGAUCUCCAAAGGUUAUAUGGGAGAGUGCGGUUACCGGGGGGGCUACAUGGAACUCAUCAACCUGGACCCUGAGGUCAGGAUGCAGUUGAUCAAACUGGUCUCAGUGCGUCUCUGUCCCCCAGCGUCGGGGCAGGCAGUGUUGGGAGUGAUCACAGACCCUCCUCGACCUGAAGAACCCUCGUACGAGAAGUUCAUGAAAGUGAGUGGCUUUACAACAGCAGUUAAUCUUUCUGUCUGUCGGGCUGAGACCUGGACCCCAUCAAACUGGAUUGUUCUUUGA